UUUAUGCAUGAGACCCUGGGUUCAAUUCUCAACAGUCACAUGCACACGCAAAAAAUGUUGACAAGUAGCUUAGGUGGUCCUUUCAGAUGUGGGCUUGGCUAACUUCUUGGUUUUACCUCAUACUUUGCCCCCUCACAGUGAACCCAGGAUCCCCACUGCUCACCCUCCCUCCAGUCUCAGGACACCUACCUGUAGGUUCCAUUUCUGUGGAAUGUUCUCUCCCACAUUCCCCUUGCCUAAUUCCUACUUUCCCCUCAUAAUUAGCCCAGCCAUUACCACCUCUGCAGAGACCCCCACAUAUGCCUGCAACAGUACCAGUUGUUUCUUAAUACUUUGUUAUCUUAAUUCUCUGUGAUUUCUUCCCCCCUGUAACUCAGAUCAGGGUAUAAUUUUGUCUGCUGGUCAACAAAGACAAUACUUCUGGCUCCCUAAAAGAGGUACCUGCAACUGGGCCUUGACCCGGGACUCCACCUUGUCAUACUUGGGUGACCGCCACAGUGCCUUCAGGGGCCUGGGCUGGCCCUGCUCCCGGCUGUGCUCUUGCUCUUGGAAGCGCUUCUGUAUCGCUCUGAUCCGCCUCAGAUUUUCCUUCUCAUGGUCUUUAGGGUCCUUCCCUAUGGAAAAUAUACUGCCAAGCUCUGCCCCAUAUAUAGCCCAUGCAACCCAACUUAUACUAGGCCCGUACCCGGCCCCCUGCAGAAAGAUCUCCCUGGCUUUCCAGUCUAGGUUAGAUCCCACAUACAUACCACAUUGCAUCAACUUAUUCCUUUCCUUCUUAACAUAGUAAAUAACUCCUUGUUAUUUUUUACAUUUUAAUUGUUUUCGUGGCAUCAAACUCAAGGUCUUGUUCAUGCUAGGUGAGCACUCUACAACUGGACCACAUCCCCAGCCCUAUUUUUUACAUCUUUAUAGUAAAGUAUACCAUCAAUCAUCUCAUAUAUUAUACUCAUCUCUUCAUUUGUUUAUUGCCUCCCACCUUAACUUGAUGAUGACCCACACUUGUCCUUGAUUCUGUUUUCCUAGCACAGCACACAGUCUACAAUAAGCAGCAUUUCACUAAUGCAUGAAUGCAUGAAGCUAGGGCUUCGUGGGGACUAUCUCAUUCAGUCCACUUCUACGAGGAGGUAGUGCACUUCCCACUUCUUUUAUAUUGGGGAAACAGAUCUAAAGGGGCAAAGGCUGGGCCCAGGUCAGGAAAAAAGGAGCAGCUCCUUUAGAUCUCCACUUUUGAUUUCCACCUGCUGCUCCUUCUGGCUGGGACUUACUCUUGGGAGAAGCCCCUGGACCGAGGGAGAUGUCCGCCAGUUGCAGUAGCACUUCCCCCGCGCCUUGGCGGCUACGUUCCAGGAUUUCUCGGGCUCCGGGCCUGAUGCGGGGGCCACGGGGAGGGGCGGUGUCAAGGUCAGGUUCCGAGGUCAGCAGGUCCAGCUUCAAUGCGGUUCCCUCAAGGCGUCCUUGGGCUGAGGGGUGGGACCAGGCGGAGUGCGGGGCUCAGUGAUGGAGUGGGGAACUCUCCCCACCGCGGCACGCUCCAACUCACCCGAGGCCGGCCGCCGGUAGUAGUCAGGGCAGAGCGUAGGGUCUGGGGGGAUGGGCCCCGAGAUGCUGGACGGGCCCUCGCACAUGUCGCUAACGCCGCCCUGCAAUGAUGCACCAAGGCCUGCCGCGCUGCGCAUCUCCGCCCGGAACCCUUUCCCUUUCCCCACGCUUCCUCCCUCAACCCAGACCCUGCAGCCAGGUCAUGCUCUCCAUUCUCAAUCACUCCCUGGCUCCUGCCGCGUCCUUCGCCCGGUCUACGCUAGCCUCCUCUGCGACCCGAGCCUAGCUCACUUCCCUGCUGGUUCGCGGUCCCUCCCCACACGCCCCCCAAGGGGGCUCACUCGAAGCAGUUUUGCCGCCAGCUUCUGCAACCCGUCGGGAGUUUCUGUUGCCAAGCAACAAAUAGCUUUCCUUCUCUGAGGUCAGGGGUCAAUGACCCCGGCGAAAAGCCUUCUGGGGCUUGUAGUUCAGCUGAGAGUGGGCGGAGCAGCCUCUAGUACCCAUUCAGAGCAAGGCUAGGCUCUAGCCGCCUGACAGGUUCCUCAGUCAAUACAGGGUCCACCAGUCCAGCCCCUGGGCGUCCACUCUCCUACGGCAGCAACCGUCGAGAAUGCUCUAACCUGACGCAGCCAUGGCUUCAAUAGGGGCUGAGAGGAAGCCAGAGGCCCAGGAGGGGACAGUCGCAGGGCUGACCCAGGUUUUGGAGGCACCAGUUAGUCAUGCUCAGAGCCCUGAGUGCCCAAUGAUGGGAGACCAGUGCCCAGUGCCAGUUUAUGAGGCCUGCAGUACCCAGGGUGAAGACGCGUGUCCAACAGGACACUGCACAGAGCCAGAGCUUCAGGAGGAGGGGAUCAAGCUGGAGGAGGAAGUGCUUGAGGCAGAGGCAGGAGAGGAGAGAGGUCCCAGGCCUGGGGCCUCCAUCGUGGGGCCCAGUCAUGGGCUGAAGAGGAAACCAAUCAAGGGAAUGAGCCUCCCAGGACCUAGCUACCAUGCCCAUCCUAGGACUGAAGCUGAGCUGCCACCAGGGAUGCUGCUGCAGAGAGAGGAGCUGGAAGGCAGUCAGAGUGAACCCUCACCAUCUGCCAAACAGCACAAAAAAGCCAAGAAACGCAAAAGUCUGGGGGCUCCCAUGCUUCCAACUAUAGCCAGCACAGUGUCUGCACCCCCGGAGACCCUGGGGCUGGAGCGAAAGGCUCAGCGCCUACGGCCAUUGUACCAGUAUAUCAACUAUUGCAACCCUGAGCUGAACCAGGCAGGGGAGGAAGACAGGGAGGCUGAGGUAGAGCCUGAGUCAGAGUUGGCCUUGGUUCCUGAGGAAGCCGGUGUGGAGCAGCUGCAGGCCUUGCUGCCUGUGGCAGGUGAGCUGGGCUUAGGCCUCUCUCUGCCCUAUUCCAAUGUGUUAGUUCCCCCCACUCAUGCCCUGGCUCCCCUGGGAGAGGAGGUUGGAGUGGAGCUUGGGGGUUUGCCCAGCUUGGCAGUGAGUGGACACCUCAAGGCAGAGGUGGAUAAGUCAACCCAGGUGGAUAUCGACAAGAUGCUGAGUGUCUGCACUGCUCCCCUUGUGCCCCCACUCUCCCCUCAGUACAAGUGACUUCAUCCACUGGGUGUUCCUGUCCUCCAGGCCUGAACCAGGGCUGUAGCCUGUGGGCCUAGGCUAGAUGGAGGGGGGAAUUUGAUCCCUGCCCCCA